AUGCCACGACCGGCAUAUAAUACAACACAGCUCCCCCGACAGCUCCGCGAAGAACUAGGCUUGAAAGAUACGAUCACAACCGGCGCGAGAAGCUCGAACCCUCACAGCGGAUUCUCCAGAAAGGAGCGCCGGAAAGCAGAGCGAUCGCGGACGGGGCCUAGAUUUCAGCAGAGAAAGGGACAUAAACGCAGACAAAGGUCACAAGGCGAGGAUGGGCCCGAGCACGAUGUUUUUGACGAAAAAUCCGGACGGAGCGAAGAUGAACGCCCGGCGAAGCCGAAAACGAGAACACCCGCAGAGCCAAGGACGUUAAAAUCAAUAUUGAAGCGGAAGCAGCCCGUCGAACAGGAACACGAAGAAUCAGACGUUGAAAUUGACCUUGACGAAGGGGAGAACGAAGACGAGACCCCCGAAGCUGAGAACCCGCCACCCCACCCCAAGAUAUCGCGCUCCGUGCAAAAGAAGCUCGAAGAAGAUGAUGCAGAGAUUGCGGCCUUAGAGAAAAAGUUGGGCCUUAAAGGGAAAAAGAAAUUGCCUAAAUCUUUCCUGGAAAGCGGGUUGGGCGACAUCUUGGGCGAGUUGGGGUCGGAUUCAGAGAUAGAAGCGAAAAAGCGGAAAAGAGAGGGAGAGGAAUGGCUUCAGAGGAAAAGACAAAGGGCAAGAAUGACAGAGGUGGGGAAUAGAGAUGAGGAGGAAAUUACUGGAAGUGAAGACGCGCAUGAAGACGAAGAGGACUUUGACGAGAUGCUAGAAGAUCUUGAUGACGACGACGACGAUAGUGUUGGUGAGGGAGAUAGUGAAUUUCAAGGCUUUGACGACGAAGAGGAGGAGAAGGAGGAAUCAGCUCCGCAGAAAACGAAACAGAAAGAGAACCCGUACCGCCCUCCCGUCGCUGCGAGUGAUACCGCCCCAGCCAAAUACAUUCCCCCAUCCAAAAGAAUGCAAUCAUCCACUGAAUCGGAAUCUCUCUUGCGUCUACGACGCCAAAUACAAGGACAUUUGAAUAAACUAUCGGAAGCUAAUAUAAUAUCUAUCCUUGGUGAUAUCGAGAAACUUUACCAAGACUAUCCCCGCCAGAGUGUAACAUCUGUCCUGAUAGACAUACUCUUCGGAUUGGUAUGCAGCGGGAGCAGCCUAAAUGACACCUUUAUAAUUCUUCACGCGGGAUUCAUCGCGGCGAUAUAUAAAGUGAUCGGCAUGGAAUUCGGUGCUGAAUUUGUGCAGAAUCUCGUGCAGCGAUUCGAUAGCAUGUACGAGGAGAAGGAUAAAGGGGAGUCGAGUAGGAAAGACAUGGUUAAUUUACUGUCGCUGUUGUCCCAUCUCUAUAAUUUCCACCUCCUCGGAUGCGGCUUGGUGUUUGACUAUAUUCGCUUAUUCUUGGGAGAAAUUAACGAGUUGAACACUGAGCUGCUCCUCAAGGUUGUGAGAAAUUCCGGUCCCCAACUUCGACAGGACGAUCCUUCCGCCCUCAAGGACAUUGUUCUCCUUAUUCAACCAGCAGUAGCGCAAAUAGGAGAAGCGGCUCUUUCAGUUCGCACGAAGUUCAUGAUCGAAACGAUCACUGACCUUAAGAAUAACAAGCUGAAAAAUGCCCCAGGAGCAAGCAUAUCGUUAGAACACCUUACAAAGAUGAGAAAGAUUCUGGGCUCUCUUAACUCGAGAAGUCUCAGAGCGAGCGAGCCUUUGAGGAUUGGACGUGCCGAUAUCCAAAACUCCGACAAAAGGGGGAAAUGGUGGCUUGUUGGCGCAAGUUGGAAAGCAGACUCCGCUAGCACAUAUACUCACAAGGCAACCGUUGACCCGAGUGCAGUUCUCCCAGAUAAUUUGGACGAUGACCUGGGCGAUAAGAAAGCCGUGGAUCUUGCCCAACUGGCCAGAAGCCAUCGAAUGAACACCGAGGUCCGGCGGUCUAUUUUUGUAGCAAUAAUGUCUGCAUCCGACUAUCAGGAUGCGCAUGUUAGGCUGACUAAGUUGCGCUUAAAACGAAGUCAGGAGACCGAGAUUCCUCAGGUUCUCGUCCAUUGUGCCUCGGAGGAGGGUUCCUAUAACCCAUACUAUACCCUCAUCGCAAGGAAACUCUGCGGCGAGAGGAAGAUGAAAAUGGCGUUCCAAUUCUCGCUCUGGGACGUAUUCAAACGAAUGGGCGAGAGUGGGAAUAUGGAGGACGAUGCCUUCAGCGCGGACGAAGAUGAAGAUCGGUCGUUGACCACGCGAGCCAUUGUUAACCUUGCCAAAAUGUACGGCUCAUUGAUAGCCGAUGGAGGCCUUACGCUUGGAAUUUUGAAGACACUCGACUUUUUGUAUCUGCAACCCAAGACUAGGACCUUCGUUGAACUGCUGCUGAUCACAACAAUGCAGCAAACCCAACAAAAGUCAUUACGCAAGCAGCAGAAAGCAGGCGAAUCCACUCAAUUUACCUUUGAAGAAAAACCGCUUGUCAACGUUUUCUUAAAAGCGCGAGAUACACCGCAGGUCGUGACUGGGUUGAUAUAUUUUAUCCGCAAAGUUGUCGCAAAAUCAAAUGUGGUGGCCUCAAAACGGGACAAGAAAUUGCUUAAAUGGGGCUGCAAGCUCGCGCUGGACACGUUGAAAGUGAUAUCCGAAGGUGCGGGAUCAUGA